AUCCCAAAAUACAAGCUAAAAAUUUCCUUCGUGUAGUUUACGAACUGUCAAUUUUGCUAUCUUGUUUUGUCGGCAAAAAUCUGUUAAACCUUAUUUCGGGCACGUUAAUAAAUAAAAGAAUUAUUUGAAUAAGUGCAUAAUGGCUAUUGAUUUAAUUGGUUACUUUUAUGCUGCAAUUGUUGCUGUUGGUGGGGUAAUAGGGUACGUGUCAGCAGAUUCUAUACCUUCUCUAGCGGCCGGAUUAACAUUUGGUAGUCUUUUAGCAUUGGGCGCUUAUUUUAAUUCAAAAUUACUACCGAGGCCUGUUCUACAAUUAAUUGUAGCCGCAGUUUUAGCAGGUGUUAUGGGCGCACGUUGGUACCGCACAGGGAAGUUAAUGCCGCCCGGCAUGAUUUGCUUAAUUUCGAGCAUUAUGAUAGUACGGAAUGUGGUGACAUAUAAACGUUAUUUGCCGAUAAUAGGAGGCGAUGCCCGUAAAUGAAUGCUCUAUAUAUUGCUUUUUAAAAGCCAUUCGAAAUAUUUAUGCAUGUUCUUAUAGUUUAUCUUGCUCAGAAAAUUUUGGUGGCGAUGAAAAUUGUAUUACUUAUUACGUACGUGUUCAGAAAAUCUAAUAUCAAAUGGUGUCGGCUUUAUUAUUAAAACUUUUGAUUUUUUAUAUUAUCUUCUAAGAGUAACUCAAUACUCAAUUUUGUAAUAAAAUGUUAAAAACUACGAUCAAUUUUGUUAUUGAACACUUAGUUCGAUUUUAUAUUGUAGAUAUUUGUGACAGAGCAGUAGAAAUGCUAGAUGAGUCAUUUUCGCUAGAUUGUUCGUAGAUUCUUUGAGAUAUGUGAGUUUAUAUAAACAUGCAAUUCUAUAUUGGGUAGGCUCAUCAAAUACAUUUAAUCUGUAUGUUAUUUAAAUAUUUUGUU